AUGGAGCUGAUCAUCUCUAACUCAAACCCUUUCCUUCUAACUCUUUUAGCCUUGUUCCCACUCAUCAUCUUCACACUUAUCAAGAAAAACAUCAAAUCAAGAAAGCUAAACCUUCCUCCAUCCCCACCAAAGCUUCCCUUCAUUGGAAACCUCCACCAAAUCGGUAACUUACCACACAAGUCACUCCACGACCUCUCCCUCAAACAUGGACCAUUCAUGUUCGUAAACUUCGGUGCAACUCGUUACCUAGUGGUCUCAUCCGCUGCUGCUCUCGAAGAGAUCUCCAAGAACCACGACAUUGAUUUCUCAAACCGACCAGCCAUCGCUAGCCUCCAGCCUCUAAAGGGCAAUGGCCAAGACAUGGUGUAUCAUCCAUAUGGAGAUCACUGGAAGCAGUUGAGAAAAGUAGGAGCUCUCCACCUCUUGAACAAAAACGCUGUCAACAAGUUUCAGACAAUGAGAGAUGAAGAGAUGUCAAGUAUGUUGAAGACCCUUGAUGUUUAUAACGUAAAUGGUGAAGACAUCGAUAUAACGGAUAUAUUCAACACCGUGGUGAGUAAUAUCUUUCUUAGGUCGUUCACGGGUAGUAACCAAAAGGAAGAUAAGACUACAAAGAAGUUUUUGGAUUGGGAUGUUAAGUUCAAGAAGCUCAUGGGAGCUUUCUGUGUUGCUGAUAUGUUCUCGAGCCUCGCUUGGGUCGACAGGUUUACGGGGUUUACAACUUUUCUAAAUAACAUCUACUCGGAGUUGGACGGUAUCAUGGAUAAACUCAUCAAUGAAAGAGAGAAGGAGAGUUAUGUGGACGUUCUUGUUCGUCUACGAGACGUCGAAAAACACGACUACGAUGUCAAAGCUAUCAUGAAGGGAACAUUUGUAGCGGCUAUAGAAUCCGUAGCACUGGAGCUUGAGUGGCUAUUCUCAGAACUCAUCAAGAACCCUGACGUUCUAAAGAAAGCACAAGAAGAAGUACAACGUGUAGUUGGGACCAAAUCCGAGAUAACCAGUAACGAAAUAGAACAAAUGCAUUAUUUGAGAUGUAUCAUUAAGGAGACGUUGAGGCUUCACCCACCAGGUAUAGUUCCAAGACAGACAUCUUCCAAGUGGAUAAAAGUAGGUGGCUACGACAUCCCUCCCAACACCAAAGUGCUUGUGAAUCUCUUUGCGGUCCAACGUGAUCCUAAGGACUGGGAGAAACCUGAUGAGUUUAUCCCUGAGAGGUUCCUGAAGAAGAACGUUGACUUCAUGGGGAGUAAAGGGUAUGUUCCGUUUGGGUUUGGUCGUAGGAAUUGUCCCGGUAUGGCUUAUGGUAUAGCGUUGCUUGAGGAGAUUAUUGCUAAUCUUUUGUACCGGUUUGAUUGGAAGAUGCAUGAUGGUUCUAAUCCGGAAGAGCUUAGCAUGGAGGAGAUAUCUCAGUUUGUUGUCAGUAGAAAGAUUCCUCUCAGGCUUAUACCAGUUCGCAGGGUGUAG